GAUUGGUCAUUUUGAAACAAAGUUGUUAGUUUUGAGUUCGCCAUUUCUUUUCUACAUUUCCUAACGAACUUUUGACUGUCAACAGCAAAUCAAUUGAUUUUUUAAAUAGCUCAAAAUGGCCCUAAAUAUGAACUCGAUCGUCGAGCAACAAGCUGAUUCGAGAAAACAGAGCGAUGACCAGGCGAAAUCCGUGACAGACAGUCACGCCGUGACCAAAAGACUUCACAGGGAACUGAUGAAUCUAAUGAUGACUCACGACGAGAAUAUCUCUGCAUUCCCGGACGGGGAGAACCUUUUCAAGUGGGUGGGCACCAUUAUGGGGCCCAAAGAUACCGCCUACGAGACGCUGAAGUUCAAGUUGAGUCUGCAGUUUCCCAACUCGUAUCCCUACUCAGCGCCCACAGUCAAGUUCGUCACCCCCUGCUUCCACCCCAACAUCGACAUAACUGGAAACAUUUGCCUCGAUAUCCUCAAAGAUAAAUGGUCAGCCCUGUAUGACGUGAGGACUAUCCUGCUUUCCAUCCAAGCUCUCCUGUCCGAACCGAAUAUCGAUAGCCCUUUGAAUGCUCAAGCCGCCGAAAAAUGGCAGGUUCCCGAAGAAUACAGGUUAUUAGUUUUACAGACCCAUAGAGAGGCGUGAGGACGUUUUGAAUAUUAAAUUAAUUGUAAAUUAUUAGUUAGGGCGAUCAAUAUAGAAGCUGCGGGUUAUGAAUUUGAGCGUAUGCUUUCAACCUGAAGUAUUUCAGGGCUGCGACGAUCGAUGGACAACUCAAUAUACAAUUUUUUAUGUGGUUGUAUAAUCAUUCAUAUAAAUGUUGUUUAUUUUUAUUUUUUAUGGUAGUCUACCUCAGAAUUUACUAUCUUUUAUACAUUUUUAUGGAAAAUUGUAUCGAUUCUGUUUCUGGAUUUGAAGUGACGCAGGUAAACGUAAAUUGAAUAUCAAAGGCAGAUUUCAUAUGUAUUAUUGACAACUUGUAUUUGUAAUUUUUUCUUAUUGCGAGUUCAAUAAAAAUUAUAAAUUUCA